AGGAGGAGACAGCCGUUCGAUUCGAAGGUGGGCCACGUGUGGUUAUCUGACCAUCAGAUUGUUGGACAUUUAUUGGACGAAUCAGAGGUUAGGAUUUGCCACAGUCGGUUCGACAAUUUGGUCGGUUUAGUUUGACACGUGUACAAUUUCCAAUUGCGGCUGUGUAUCUAGUGUCAUAAUCGGCCAGAGCAACAAAUAAACACCCCACUAUUUCUUUUUCGCGCUCUUCUACAAAUUCCAAAUCAAUCCCAAAGCCCUUUCAUCUCUCUCUGCGGCAAAAAAUGCCAUCUCAUUCAAAGGCUAUGUCAAAUGAUUUUCUGUUUUAUUGAAAGCUGUCUGCAGAUUAUUUAGAUGGGAAAUCCCGUCUUCAGUGAUGGACCAAAGACUGAAGCUCCUCAAAGUUUGAUUGAUAAGCUUUAUAGCACCUUUUCAAACGGCCUUCCUUUUGCAGCACCCAUCUCCAAUUUAAGGACUACUGAGCAUGAGCUGGUACAAGGUGUUUUGCAAAUGCUACAAGGAUUUUCGAGUCCAUUGUUUUACUGGGAAGACAGUGAACAAAGAUUCCACGUUAAGAAAGGGAUAUAUGUACCUCACCUUUCACAAACAAGUCUCAUUGGAAUUCUCAGCCAAUUUGUAUACAGUGCGACGUGCUUACAUUUAGUAGAAAGUUUUGUCAAGAAGGUGGAGAUCUCUUCUGUAAGAUCUCCUCCUACCCUGAGGGCUUUUGCAAAUUCUGUUUCUAUUUGGCUCAAGAGGCUGCGAAGUGUUGCACUAAAGAAGGAAACGGUGUCGGUUGGAUCUGAUACAAAAGCUACACUCACUCUCCUUGGACUAGCGAACGCUUUAUCAAGUCUUUGCUUUGGGGCAGAAUAUCUACUGCAGGUUGUGCACGGGGCAAUUCCUAGCGCUUACUUUGAAUCUGAAACUGUUGUCCCAGCUGGUGAGAUGUCAGUUCAUAUUCUCAACCAUCUUUAUAAGCAGUUGGAUGAAGUUUGUCCUGUGCGAGGUGGUGAGGAGGAAGCAUACCAUAUGCUUCUGGUGUUGUUUGUCGGAAGUUUACUUCCAUACAUAGAGGGGCUCGAUUCUUGGCUUUAUGAUGGGACACUCGAUGAUCCAUUUGAGGAGUUGUUCUUCCACACAAACAAUGCAAUUGCCAUAGAUCAGCCAGCAUUCUGGGAGAAGAGUUAUCUUUUGAGAUCACUGCAACACGGAAAGUCAGGUCCUGGAAUCUCACUGAUUACUGGUGAUGAUGAUUCCAUGAAGAAUGAUAAGAGAGAGACAGGUGACAGGGAACCCGUCCGUCCAUCUAGUUCUGGAGGGGGAAAAGAUCAGAAUGAUAUGGACAUUGUAGUCUGUCCUCUAUUUUUAAAGGACAUGGCCAGGGCCAUUGUCUCUGCAGGGAAAUCAUUGCAGCUGAUGCGGUAUGUUCCAGGGGACUCUGCAGAAAUACCGGACAGGGGUAACGACUACGAGAUGCCUGUUUCUGGCACAUCAAAAUGUUUAAUGUCCAGCUCUCGGUUAACCGCCGAUAGACAUCCAGCAGGUGUCAAACCUGAAGAUUUGAGCUUUACAGAUUUUGAAGAUCCAAGGUCCAAGGAUGAUGGUUUCUUUCGUGAUGAAUCUGAUGCUUAUUCAGGAGAGAUGUAUCAUGCACAAGGAAUGGGAGGGUUAACCUUGUCAGAGGUCUUCUGUGUAUCUUUGACAGGUCUGAUAGAAUAUGGCAGUCAUGUCUUUCAAUACUUCCGGCAGGAGUAUCCAUGGAAUCCCAAAAUAGCAGAAAUAUGCAAGUCUUACAUGGAGACGGAGAAGCUGGAAAAUGAAGAUGGCGAGGCCAUGCCUGCUUCAAUUGGUUCGGAGAAUAUUUGGUGCAAGUUUUUGGUUGACACAAUAUUACAAAGAAGUAGUCAAGCAGAUAUUGAAUUGGUUAAAGGUGAUUCGAAGGGCGCAAUGAAGGAUUUGGAUUUCUCUGUGGAGAUAAAAGAAGUGGUCAAGGCUGUAAAUUUCGUUGGUCAAAAGUGGAUGAUAGAUAAUAAUGGCGGUAUAGAUGAAAUGCAUCUUGCUCAAUCAUUCUGCCCUGAAAACCCCGCCAUUACUGUAUCUAGAGAUUUCCUUUCUAAGAACAAGGAUUCCUGGGAUGAACUGAACUUAUCUAGAAACUUCUACCUUCCCCCUUUAAAUGAUGACAAUCUGCGAGAGGCUAUUUUUGGCGGGAAUGAUAUUAACACUAACAACGAAAUCAGUGGAUUACCUAAAGGAAUAUUCAAAGGGACAAACUCUACUUUCGGUUUUCAAUUUGGUGAAUAUCAGCAUCUUCGUUUGGAGGAUGACAUAAAGACUACAGAAGCGUUAUUUCCUUUUCCAACUCUUCUUCCUUGUUUUCAGGAGGACGUACCAGUUUUGGAACUUUUGCCUUUCCAGAAAAACAGCACCCUUGCAUCAAGAGUUCUCAAUUGGGUUCAGAGUUUCAGCCCAAAGGCUACACCACUUCCUCUAGUUAUUAUCCAGGAAUGCCUUCUUAUAUACAUAAAGAAACAGGUGAAUUAUGUUGGUAGGCAUAUCUUGUCAAAGCUGAUGAAUGGAUGGAGAUUGAUGGAUGAACUCAUUGUGUUACGGGCUAUUUACUUGUUAGGUUCAGGUGACCUUCUUCAGCAGUUCUUGACUGUGCUUUUUGAUAAGCUAGACAAGGGAGAAUCUUGGGAUGAUGAUUUUGAAUUGAAUACCGUACUACAGGAGUCGAUCAGAAAUUCUGCUGAUGGCAUGCUUCUAAGUGCGGAGGAUUCUUUGGUUGUGUCAAUCCUAAAACCUCAUGCCUCAGAUGAUGAAGAACGUACAACAAGCAAUAUCUCAACUCCCCGAAGAGGUCGCACCCACUGUUUUGGGAUUGAUGCCCUGGACACGCUGAAAUUCACAUACAAGGUUUCUUGGCCCCUCGAGCUUAUUGCUAACCUGGAGGCAAUUAAGAAGUAUAAUCAGGUGAUGGGUUUCUUGUUGAAGGUGAAGCGUGCAAAAUUUGUUCUUGACAAAGCUCGGAGGUGGAUGUGGAAGGGUGGAGGGACCACAAGGAUCAACCAUAAGCAUCACUUGCUGGUUGAGCAGAAGCUUCUCCAUUUUGUGGAUGCAUUCCAUCAGUAUGUCAUGGAUAGGGUGUUCCACAGUGCAUGGCUUGAACUCUGCAAAGGUAUGGCAUCUGCAGGCUCUCUUGAUGAAGUCAUAGAAGUGCACGAGGCCUACCUCUUGUCUAUCCAACGGCAGUGCUUCGUGGCUCCUGAUAAGUUGUGGGCAUUGAUUGCGAGCCGGAUCAAGAGCAUUCUUGGGUUGGCUCUUGAUUUCUACUCCAUACAGCAGACGCUGUGCAGCGGUGGUGCGGUUCCUGCUAUCAAGACGAGAUGUGAAAUGGAAGUGGAUCGGAUCGAGAAACAGUUCGACGAUUGCAUCUCCUUUCUACUCAGAGUACUAUCAUUCAAGCUCAAUGUGGGGCACUUCCCUCAUUUGGCAGACUUGGUUACUAGGAUCAACUACAAUUAUUUCUACAUGUCUGAUAAUGGCAACUUGCUAACCAUCCCUGGCUCAGAUACAACUUCUAAGCUGGGAAAAGCCUUCCCGUCAAGACCCGACUCAUAAGGAAUCCUUGGUAUGUUAGUUGAUGACUUGUGUUUUCGUCAGGAUUCUUUAUGGGAUUUGGAAGGGGAACAACAUGAUAUAUGACACUGGUGUUGCCGUGAGGAGGAGAAUCAUGUCUAAGAUUGUUAGACGGGUGCUAGCAAGACUAGAAUUCAGCGGCCUCUCAUUUUCAAUUUCAAUGGAGAUGUGGAAGGGGGCGAUUUUGGUCGUCCUUGGCUUGCGUGCCUUGCCUUUCCUUGUUUUCCCAUGUAGUGGUGCAGCGAGAGAAUGUCUCCUGCUUUGUGGCUUCUUUGUGUCUUUUUAUGUGUGUGUGUGUGUGUGUGUGUGUGUGUUUAAGAAAUGGAUAAUUGCAGAAAGGUUUUUGUUGCAACAUGUAAAAGAUGCAUUAACAAAUCAAGCAACUUGGCAAGGGGUUGAGCACAUUCCCAAUGA